AUGGUCAGCAAACGGAAGAGAGUCCUCGAGGAGUUUGAUCCCAACAAGUCUGAUUCCGAUGACGAAAAUUUUGAUCCCACAGAGCAACGUCCUCGCAGAAGCUCAAAGAAGGCACGGCCAGCUGGCAGUAGCCGUUCCGGACGAAGAAGAGGCCAUCGCUAUAGAGGAUCUGACAUUGAAGACGACGAAGACGAGCUCUCCGAUAGCCAAGAUGAAGGAUUUCUAGAUGAUGACGAUGACGAGGACGAUGAUGCGCCCAUCAACGCCGCCGGUCGCCGGACCCGCAAAGCAGCUGUCAAGCCCCAAAACUAUGCCGAGAGCAGUGCAGAAGAGGAAGCGCAGCUUAGCGAUGAGGAUAAGGUAGAGAGCGCCGAUGACAGACCAAGCCGAAAACCAACACGGUCCUCAGGCCGCGUCGUCAGGCUCAAGGUUUCCAGCGGCGUACUCUCUGACAUGCCACGCCGCGCCACUAGAGCCACUUCCCAUGAUCAAGAGGAUCUUGUCGAACUUUCAAAUUCCGGACGGCAUGCUGUUGCAUCUCGAGGUUCAGCGAGCCGCAGCCCAGAACCUGUCACCCGUAGAAGCUCACGCGCCUCCAAAGGCAUCAAGAUGCCUCCCGAGACCAUCGAGGAAGCCACACAAGAGAGCAGCGUCAAAAAUACCGGUGAGGAUGAUGAUCUCGACGAACUCGACAAGGAUAUUCGCGAUUUGCACAAAAGUGAGGAAUUGGAUGAAGACACGGACGAUGUCCGAAAGCAUGAGAAGCAGACGAAGCCAGACGACACUACUGCCGCCAACGAAGACGACGAUGACGACGAUAUCCCCACCACCCGCAGAACGCGAGCUGCGCGAGCUGAGGUUGUGGAAGAUGACGAAGAGCAGCAAGACGCCAGCGCACGACCUAACCGACGGCUGACACGUAAAUCGAGUGCCCGCAAGUCAACCCAAGAACCUAGCAGCGACUUUGAACCUGGCGAGGACUCGGAAGAUGCCGCAUCCGACAUGGGUCAAGAUGCCGCGGAUGAUCAAAUCGAUAGUCCCACUCCACGAGAAAGAGGUGGGCGCCAGCCUCGUUUGGCAGGUGCAUCCCGCCAUGACUCUGGUGAUGAAGAGGCCGACCUGGACUUGGAUGAACUCAACGAAGAAGCGCGUGAAUUGAGAAAAUCAUCGCGAUCACGCCGGCGCCGACAAGAAACUCCUAUUGCAUAUCAAGAAAAUACGCGCCGUUCUCGUGCCAGAGUCAACUACUAUAUGCCGCCUCUGACCUCUGCCAACAUCGAAGAUGACGGCGAGGAUGCAGCUCCCACCCCCGCCCGCCGGCGUCGCGGUGCCGCCAGCGCUGUAUGGGAUCGGAACCUCAAUACAACUUUUGGUCCCUUUGGUGGCGGCGGGGCUGUUGGCUCCCUGCUUAAUGGCCCUUGGGGUACUGGCGCAACUGGUGGCGUCGAUUCGGAUAGCAGUGACGAUGAAAUGGUCCACCGCUCCAGUAUUGCCGGCAACGUUGGCAUGACUCCCACAUCGGCUGCUCCAACCGGAUUGCUGCCCGGAUUGCCCAGCAUGAAUCCUGAUGGAGGUGCCCCGAAUGUUGGAAAGAUCAAGGAUCGCAAGGCACUGGCUGAUGCCGACCCUCUGGGCGUCGACAUGAAUGUCGAUUUCAGCAAAGUCGGUGGGUUGCAAGGUCAUAUCGAUCAGCUCAAAGAAAUGGUUCAACUUCCUCUGCUCUACCCAGAGCUCUUUACAAGAUUCCAUGUCACCCCUCCGCGCGGCGUCCUAUUUCAUGGCCCGCCCGGUACUGGUAAGACAUUACUCGCAAGAGCACUUGCCAAUUCGGCCGGCCAUGGAGGUCGCAAGAUUUCCUUUUAUAUGCGUAAGGGUGCCGAUGCUCUGAGUAAAUGGGUUGGCGAGGCCGAGAAGCAGUUGCGUCUUCUGUUUGAAGAAGCCCGCAAGACGCAGCCAAGCAUCAUCUUUUUCGACGAGAUUGACGGUCUCGCCCCAGUUCGGUCAAGCAAGCAAGAGCAGAUUCAUGCCUCGAUUGUCUCGACGCUUCUAGCCUUGAUGGAUGGCAUGGACGGCCGUGGCCAAGUCAUCGUCAUUGGUGCUACCAACAGACCCGACAAUAUUGAUCCUGCGCUGCGACGUCCGGGUCGAUUUGAUCGAGAAUUCUAUUUUCCUCUUCCCGACAUUGACGGCAGACGCUCCAUCCUCGAUAUUCACACCAAAGACUGGGGCCUAGCUGACGACUUCAAGGCCUCGCUCGCCGAGAAGACAAAGGGCUACGGCGGUGCUGAUCUACGCGCACUAUGCACCGAGGCCGCGCUCAAUGCCAUCCAGCGAACUUACCCUCAGAUUUACGCCUCACAAGAAAAAUUACUGGUCGAUCCAUCCAAAAUUAAUGUCCAUGCAUCCGACUUUAUGCUUUCAAUCAAAAAGCUGGUUCCAUCGUCCGAGAGAUCUGCCACCUCUGGCGCUAGCCCGCUACCGGCGACCAUUCAGCCACUAUUGCAGGGCCAGUUUGACAAAAUCAAGCGGGCCCUCGAUAUUGUGAUGCCGCGCCGAAAGAAGACGACUGCUCUGGAGGAGGCCAUGUACGAGCCGUAUGCUGACGACGAUCAUGGCUUCCAACGUGAAACUCUCCAUCAAGACUUUGAGCGCACGCGUGUAUUUCGUCCACGCCUACUUAUUCAUAGCAGCCCAGGCAUGGGUCAAAACUACAUUGCUUCGGGUAUUUUGCAUUAUUUGGAAGGCGUCCACGUUCAGAAUUUUGACCUGCCCAGUCUGCUCGCUGAUGGCCGCUCUAUGGAACAAGUCAUUGUCGGCCUGUUUACCGAAGUUCGACGCCACAAGCCGAGUGUUAUUUAUAUUCCAAACAUUGAUGUCUGGUAUGACACGCUAGCGGGCACAGUUGCGCUUGUCACCUUUACAACGAUGCUCAAAUCCAUUCCACCCACUGAUCCGGUACUUUUACUUGCUACGGCAGAGCGCACCAAGGAGGAACUUGCCGCCAACCCAAAUGUAAUUCUUGACUUUUUCGCGUACUCUCGCAACAGUCGCGUCGAAAUUGCACCUCCAGAGCGGCCAGCGCGAUAUGCGUUCUUUCAAAAGACGCUGGAGCUUAUUAGGCUUCCGUCUGGAAAGUUCCCAGAUCCUCAGAAACGAGAGAAGCGAAAGCUGGAGGUUCUUCCUCCAGCACCCAAGAUCGAACCCCCUCCGCCGACCAAGGCAGAGAUCAAGGCAUUGAAGAAGAAGGACCAUCAAUAUCUCAACGCCCUCAAGAUUCAACUGCAGCCCAUCAUGGAUCAGAUCAAUCGCAAGUACAAAAAGUUUCGCCAGCCCGUUAUCCCUCAGGCGCAGAUUGAGUAUCUCUUCGCCGAGUCGGACCCCAACUAUGUGCGACCCGACAUUGCAGCAGCCGAUAGUCGACCAUUUGAAAUUGUCAAGGAUAAGAAUGACGUUGAUGUACUACGAGACACAGUGACGGGAAAGACAUUCUACAAUCUCGAAACGACGACUAUCGAAGAGAGACUCUCUAACGGCUACUACGCUCGCCCCAAAGACUUCUUGUUCGACAUCAAGGCUCUUGCCAAAGAUGCGAAGAACAUUGGUGACAAGGAAAGAACACUCAAAGCAAAUGAACUUUUGAGCAACGUGGAAGUUGAUAUCGCUAGCAUCGAAAACAGCACCUCCAGCAUGGUUGAUUGGGAGGCACUUUACCAGCGCCAAAUACAGCGCACCAAGCAAAGGGCCGAAAAGGAAAGACAAAGAAAGGCUCAGGCUACUAAUCUGGCCCUGGAACGAAUUCAAUCCGACAUUGGCGGCGGCAACGAGAGUGAUUCACAAGGUCCUGUUACCCUCGGCGUGCAAGUCUCGGAGGACACCACGACGGCGAGAUUUCAGCUGCGAAGCCCAGAACCUCCUGCUGGGGCGCCGCACAGCCUAAGCAAUGGCGACUCUGUCCCUUCCAAGGAUACCGACGUGGAAAUGAGCGGAACAGGCGACGAAACCCAGCCAGCUUCGCAAGCAAUGGGGCCGCCACCCUUCAAGUCGCCAGCUCCUACACAACCCUCACAACGAUCUGCGCUCACGUCUCUGCCACCUGGCGUGCCGCCGUCGGCCGUAGCUAACGAUGCAUCGACCACCAAGACAUCCGAUCUUUCCUCUAAGCAAGGCGUUUCAAACUGGGGCACGCCUCAGACAAACGGCAAUUCUUCCAAGGGUGGCGAGAGCCAGGACAUUCCUGACACUUUGCUUGGCCUUAGGCGGACCUCAACGCCGCAGAGUCAAGAGCACUGGCCGCACUCUCAACUAGACGGCUUGAGCCGUGACCCGGUCAGCGGAACAAGCUCGCUCGCCCGGCCAAUUUCAUCGAGUUCCCAGCCACAAGGUUCGGGUGAGUCCAAAUUGCAGGCGUCGCCGUCGCAGCCUAAGGAGCUGGAGCCGGCCGUGUUGCAGUUACAGGAUGAUAUAGCGGACCAGACUACCGGGUUCUCUGUAGAGCAGCUGGAGCAGUUGAACCGCGAGAUGAUGGACAAGAUUUGGGAGACACGCGAUGAGUGGAACAGACUGAAUGUGUUUUAUUCCAUCAAGGGCGUGUUUGAGACUGUUCUUGCCGACAUGGAGGCGAUGCAGCAAGCGCCACUUGGCAGCUUUUGA